AUUAGUGCUACUUACUGUGAUAAAUACGUAUGCUCCGACACCGGCGCUGAAAUAGUAAUACACGUAGUGUAGUAGUACGGGAUACUGAAGUGGAGUGUCGCUUUUCUAAAUCACAAUUCGUUUUAAUGAAUACAUGUUCUCAUGUUUUAAGAGCGAUGACGACUGUUCAAUGAUUACAAAUAACUACGUUCGGGAUUUCUUUAAUAGUGUAUUGUUAUUUUGUUUGCGUGGAGAUUUGAGAUAGAAAAAAAACACACGGAAAGUUAUUUGUGUAACAUGAAUUAAAAAUUGCCGGGAGAGUGAUUAUUUCCGCUGAAUGACUGAUAGAUGGUGGAAUUAAUGGUCAAGCACUGACCCUGUCAAUUACAUUUGCUGACGAAGACAAGCGUAAUCCCUGUAUCACUAUACCGUACGUCAGUGGAAGUAGAUAGAUACACUGAGCACACAGAGAGAGGGUAUAGUAGAGAGACCUUCGGUUGAGUGUCAGUUGCUAUCUAAGUCACACUCGUCUGGGAACUCAUAGAACUGUGGGAACUUCAGUAUUCUUGGCAUCCAGUGCCACCGGAACAUAUUUGUGUGAUACGAUGUGUCCAUGAUCAGAUGUAUUUGGGAUGGUUAAUGUUGUGAAAAACAUACCACAUUGAACAUUGUAUACAAAACAGAAAAAUAUGUUAUCGAGGUUUUAGAACAUCAGCGUUGUCAGUAACUGUAUGAGGUGUGGAGUAUGUUAGUUUAAUUGUGUCGCAGUUAUUACCAUGACAGAUAUUACUUCAAUACACAGGGAAAAACUCAAAGAGAAUAUGAGAAACAUGUCAUCCCCCAAUCUCCUCCGCAAGAUAUCGAUGUCUUCAAAGCAACGUCCAUUUCGAGUUGUUAUCCUGGGACAGAAUGGAGUUGGCAAAUCAGCUCUCACUGUACGAUUCCUGACGAGAAGAUUCAUAGGAGAAUACGAUCCGAACUUAGAAAAGACAUAUAGCUGUAACAAGUGCAUAGACGGAGACAACGUCACCAUAGAGGUCCUAGACACGGCAAUACAGGGUGAGAAAAAUAAAACGGAAGAGAACAUUAAGUGGGCAGAUGCGUACGUGUUAAUGUACUCAGUCACAGACAGUUGUAGUUUCAACGAGUGCAGCAGAAUCAAAUUCCUGAUUAACUCAUACUGCAAACGGGUAAGGAAAAUGAGCAUGGCGAUGGAAAAUGGCCAACAGGGGGCGCCAUGUGUACUGAUUGGAAACCAGAAUGACAGACUACACGACCGAAUGGUUACGGAGGAAGAGGGUAAAUCACGUGCAAUAGAACUUGGUUGCUCUGCUUUUUAUGAGAUAUCUGUGCGGGAAUCGGUGGACAGUGUUUUUAAAAUAUUCGAAGACAUGUAUAUCUUUCACCGGAAGACGAAGAAGUCAAAACCGUUUUUAUACAAACAACAGUCUAUGCCAAGUAUAGUGUUGGAACAAGCGGACGCUGGUGACAGUUCAGAGGGGGAAUCGAGGGUCAGGGGACUGUCUCGGAGGCGACAAGCCCUUUAUACCAUCAGUUAGCACACAAAUAAAUACUACUAGCAAUCGAUUGUAAAAAUGAGGACUUUGAAUCAGCUAUUGAAUACCUAUUGAAUACCCAUUGUUUCAUUUCAAUUUGUGCAUCAAAGACAGAAUUGUAUAGUCAUCGUAAGGGUGUAAGAACUAUUAUUGGUUGCAAUUUUUUAUUCGAUGAAGCAAAUUGAAAGACCUAGAACGUUGGGCAUUCAUUUAGAAUACCUUACCACCAAUGGAUAUUCUUACUAGGAUAAUUCUAACACUGGAAACUUAACUGUGCUAGCAAUAUGUAUACCACUUAAUUAUUCAAUUUCAAAUAAAACGUCAUUAGAAGUGAAAUUCAAAUCGAGUUACCUCCCCUACUCAUCGAGACUGAUACUGUUGGAAGUGUUUAAAACUUAUUUUCUAUAGUUAUUUUAUGUAUGUAACACUGAUUAUGAUCCGAAUGUCACUAAUGUAAGCUACCUAAUUUCAGUUUUGGUCUUAUGACAAUGUUUUUAGUAAAAUAUGUCACGAGCUUCCCUACUACAGAUAAUUACAGCUAUGGUAUUGCCAAUCUGCUAAUAUCGCUAUUGCAAUAUUCCAACAUGACCAUUUGAUCAGUAAGCGACAGCAUAGUUAGAUAAACACUGGUUUUAAAAAAUACUGCAUAACACAGACGCGUUUGUAGAAACGAAAAUAGAUUUUCAUUGGCUGAUUUACAAUACAUAUAUUGCUUUUUGUUUCACAUUCUAUGUGAAAUUUUCAACUCUCUCUCUCUCUCUCUCUCUCUCUCUCUCUCUCUCUCUCUCUCUCUCUCUCUCUCUCUCUCUCUCUCUCUCUCUCUCUCUCUCUCUCUCUCUCUCUCUCUCUCUCUCUCUAUAAAUAUAUAUAUUACCUCUUUUCCUAGUUCUAACAGUAGUAACGCUUUAAUAAUCAGACAUCUAUAUUACCUCUUUUUCCUAGUUUAUCUACAUUUUGUCUGCUAUCUGUAUAAAAGUUAAGACUAAAAUAAUUUCGUCCUAGGCAGAAUGCUCAACAAUGGUAAGGGGAGGUCAAUUUUGAAAUGUGAAAUCGCUAAAGACCAUUUUAAAUUACGAAAAUGAUAAACUACAAUACGUAUAUCAACAUAGAAAUGUUGUUUUACAACUGCCACAAUUGUCAACAUUUGCCUGUGUCAUUUCCGCGAAAUUGUGAACAUCAAAUUACAAUUCUCUUCGGUGUAAUGUUAAACCGCAUAAGACCCUGUAAUCUAUAUUACUCAUUGUAUAUUGUAUAAAGCAUUAACAAAACGAAUGAAGUGAGUAAAUGUGAAAUUUGAAAUGUCUGUUAGAGAGGAGAGUGACUAUGUAAUGUGUGAAAAUGCAGCUUCCGGAUGUGUUAGAGGGGAGAGUGACAAUGUAAUGUGUGAAACUGCAGCUUCCGGAUGUGUUAGAGGGGAGAGUGACAAUGUAAUGUGAAACUGCAGCUUCCGGGUGUGUUAGAGGGGAGAGUGACAAUGUCAUGUGAAACUGCAUUUUCCGGGUGUGUUAGAGAGGAGAGUGACUAUGUAAUCUGUGGAACUGCAGCUUCCGGGUGUGUUAGAGAGGAGAGUGACUAUGUAAUGUGUGAAACUGCAUUUUCCGGGUGUGUUAGAGGGGAGAGUGUCUGUGUAAUGUGUGAAACUGCAGUUUCCGGGUGUGUUAGAGGGGAGAGUGACAAUGUAAUGUGUGAAACUGCAGUUUCCGGGUGUGUUAGAGGGGAGAGUGACUAUGUAAUGUGUGGAACUGCAGUUUCCGGGUGUGUUAGAGCGGAGAGUGACAAUGUAAUGUGUGAAACUGCAGUUUCCGGGUGUGUUAGAGGGGAGAGUGUCUGUGUAAUGUGUGAAAUUGCAGUUUCCGGGUGUGUUAGAGAGGAGAAUGACAAUGUAAUGUGUGAAACUGCAGUUUCCGGGUGAGUUAGACGGGAGAGUGUCUGUGUAAUGUGUGAAAUUGCAGUUUUCGGGUGUGUUAGAGGGGAGAGUGACAAUGUAAUGUGAAACUGCAGCUUCCGGGUGUGUUAGAGGGGAGAGUGUCCGUGUAAUGUGUGGAACUGCAGUUUCCGGGUUUGUUAGAGCGGAGAGUGACAAUGUAAUGUGUGAAACUGCAGUGUCCGGGUGUGUUAGAGGGGAGAGUGUCUGUGUAAUGUGUGAAACUGCAGUUUCCGGGUGUGUUAGAGGGGAGAGUGACAAUGUAAAAUUGAUGCAAAUUUAUCGAUUGUUUUCUCAUG